ACAGUCUAGGUGUAUCUGAUACUGAAUUCGAUCUUUGUUCUUCUACUUCCAAUGAAACGUAAUUUUCAUUGUUCAUCUUGACUCACCGUGUAAAAAUUUUUCUAUUUAAAUAUUGAAAAUUGACUGAAAAUGAUAAAACAAGUAAUAAAAUCAUUUCCUGACAACAAACCGAUAUCAGCAUUGUGUGUUGUGGAAGAUUCUACAAGAUGUCCUUCUGGAUAUACUCCUAUACUAAAAACUCAUGAUCAAGAUUCUGAUGCUGAUUUACAUUUGCAAUCAUGGAAGGAAUCAGUAUUUAUUGGCCGUAAAGUUACAAGAUACUUAUGUAUAUCUAAAACGGAAGGCAUAUCAGAUUAUAUUGUAGUUAAUAUAGAUUUAAUAAAUGAAAAGGAAAGUCCUCCAGAUGGAUAUUGUUUAAUUUCUAGAACUAUAGAUAAUGAUCAAAAAGCUUGGCGAAAACGACAAUUAUGUUAUAAGCUGACUAGAAAAUCAUUGGCACCGUAUGCUAUUACUGAUAUCAUACUUUUGAGUCGUUCAAAAAAGGCUCCUGAUGGUUUUAACUAUGUUGGGGAUUUAAAUGGUUUAACACUUUGUUACAAGACUAGUCCUCAAUCACCAGCUAAUUUACCACUUUCACCUUUAUCCUAUAGUUUAGCGCCAUCUGAAAACACAGAAAAUAUUUCGAAUGGUAAUGAUUCCUUAACCUCAUAUCCAAAAUUAGAUUCCAGUAUUGACUUACUAUCACAUGAAUAUGAUUGUUUAUCCUUAAAACCAUCACGACCUGCGCCAAAACUGCCACCAACAUAUUCAUCUUCUAAUUAUUCAACACUAAACUCCUACCAAGGGUUAGAAGGAAUCCCAUUUAUAUUGAAUCAUAAUAUAGCUAUUGAUAACAAAUAUAGUUUUAAGAAUAUACCUGAAAUUAAAGCUAAAACUCAAGAAGAUAUUGAUGCACAAUUCAAAUAUUCUUUUGAGCAUGAGAGACAAGUGUGAUUUUAAAACAACUUUAUCAAGCAAAAGUUUAAAAUAAGAUAUUUCUAUUGUAUAUUAUGUGAUAGUAUAAAAGUAUACAUAUUAUAGUAUAUGUAUUUACAAUUAAUGAAACUUCAAGUAUACUUAUUAAUUUCAAUAAUAUUCUUAAUCUAUCAAAAAAAAUGAAAUUAAACAAAUAUUACUGAUAGACUGCCAUUAUCAAUUAAUUAGUCUACUUAAAAGUUAUGAUUCCAUUAAAAUUAAAUUAUUUAAAUUGAAUACACACAAUAUUAAAUAAUAA